AUGUCCGGGCGACGCGACUUCCUCAACCAGGCAGCGCCCGAGAACUACGUCGCUGGUCUCGGUCGUGGCGCGACAGGUUUCACGACAAGAUCCGAUCUUGGUCCCGCUAGAGAUGGACCCAGUGAGGAUCAGAUCAAGGAGGCGCUCGCGAAACGAGCUGCUCAGCUUGGUCUCGCGCCAGACAAGAAGGGCAAGGAAAAGGAGGAGGAGGAAGAAAAAGAUGAAGAGCGAUACCAAGAUCCCGAUAACGAAGUCGGACUUUUUGCCGGCGGUGUCUACGACAAGGACGAUGAGGAAGCCGACAAGAUUUGGGAAUGGGUGGAUGAGAGAAUGGACCGAAGAAAAAAGCAGCGAGAAGCACGAGAACAGGCCGAGAAGGACGAAUACGAACGAAACAACCCCAAGAUUCAACAGCAGUUUUCCGACUUGAAGCGAGCGCUUGCCACUGUUACGGACGACGAAUGGGCAAACUUGCCUGAAGUCGGAGAUCUGACAGGAAAGAACCGACGUACCAAGAAGGCAAUGCGGGAGAGAGCGUAUGCUGUUCCUGACAGCGCUCUUGCGGCAGCGCGCGAUGCGGGUCAGAUGGGAACAACUAUUGUGGAUGACGAUAUGGCACCGAGUGCCGGCGGCGAUGCAGCGGACGGCACAAUGACCAACUUCGCCAAGAUUGGAGCGGCUCGCGACAAGGUGCUCAAGUCCAGGCUGGAACAGGCCGGCAGCGAUUCCGUUGCUCCAGGCACCUCAACCAGUAUCGAUCCACAAGGCUAUUUGACGAGCCUCAACAAAGCAGCUACGGGUAAUCCAGCAGACAGCGUCGGAGAUGUCAACCGUGUGCGCCAACUCUUGCAGUCGGUUGUCAAGACAAACCCUUCAAAUGCUCUAGGUUGGAUCGCAGCGGCACGACUGGAGGAGUUGGCAGGCAAGUCUGUGACAGCACGAAAGACUAUUGAAAAGGGUUGUGCGCAGUGUCCAAAAAGUGAAGAUGCGUGGCUGGAGAACAUUCGACUCAACGAAGACGUACCCGCUAAUGCCAAGAUCGUCGCGCGAAGAGCCAUUGAGGCCAACAACACCUCGGUCAGACUAUGGAUAGAGGCCAUGAAGCUAGAGCUAAUCCCAAGCAACAAGAAGCGAGUUAUUCGACAGGCACUUGAUCACAUUCCGGAGUCGGAAGCUUUGUGGAAGGAGGCUGUGAGUCUGGAGGAGAACGUCGAUGAUGCGAGACUUCUUUUGGCCAAGGCUACGGAGCUUAUUCCUCUUUCUAUCGAUUUAUGGCUGGCAUUGGCACGCCUAGAGACACCAGAGAACGCCCAAAAGGUUCUCAACAGGGCACGAAAGGCUUGCCCUACUUCUCACGAUAUUUGGAUCGCAGCCGCACGUCUACAGGAGCAGCUUGGACAAGGAAGCAAGGUCAACGUUAUGAAGCGUGCUGUCCAGGUUCUGGCUAAGGAAUCCGCCAUGCCCAAGCGUGAAGAAUGGAUCACCGAAGCUGAACGAUGCGAAGAUGAAGGCGCUGUCAUCACUUGCCAGAACAUCAUCCGCGAAACUCUGGGUUGGAGCUUGGACGAGGACGACGAUCGCAAGGACAUUUGGAUGGAGGACGCAAAGUCUAGUAUCAACCGAGGCAAAUACGAGACAGCAAGGGCUAUUUACGCCUACGCCCUGCGGGUCUUUGUCAACAGCAGGACGAUGUGGAUGGCAGCAGCAGACCUGGAGAGAAACCACGGCAACCGAGAAUCGCUCUGGCAGGUAUUGGAGAAGGCCGUCGAGGCAUGCCCCAAGAGUGAGGAUCUGUGGAUGAUGCUGGCCAAGGAGAAGUGGCGGGCCGGAGAGUUGGAUGCUGCUCGUCUCGUUCUCAAGCGAGCCUUUAACCAAAACCCCAAUAACGAAGACAUCUGGCUUUCGGCUGUCAAGCUGGAGUCAGAGAGUGGCAACGAAGAGCAGGCGCGCAAGCUUCUGGAAAUUGCCCGUGAACAGGCCCCCACAGAUCGUGUAUGGAUGAAGAGUGUUGUAUUCGAACGAGCGCUGGGCAAUGCCGAGGCAGCGCUUGACCUUGUCCUGCAGGCACUCCAAUUGUUUCCUGCAACGCCAAAACUCUGGAUGCUCAAAGGUCAGAUCUACCAGGAUAUGGGUAAGAUUGGCCCGGCAAGAGAGGCCUACGGCACCGGUGUCAAGGCUGUACCCAAGUCCGUACCCUUGUGGCUUCUAUAUACCAGGCUGGAGGAGGAAGCCGGUGCCACCGUCAAGGCACGAUCUGUGCUUGACCGUGCUCGACUGGCAGUGCCAAAUGAUGCGCUAUUGUGGCGUGAGUCAGUGCGACUUGAACGACGAGCAGGCAACAUGGUCCAGGCCAAGGCGAUGAUGGCCAGAGCGCAACGAGAAGUUCCCAAGAAUGGUCUCCUCUGGGCAGAACAGGUUUGGUAUUUGGAAGCACGCACACAGCGCAAAGCUCGCAUUCUCGAGGCUAUCAAGGCGGUGGACGGUAGUCCUGACAUCUUCGUUGUCGCGGCGCGCAUUUUCUGGGGUGAACGUAAGAAGGAACAGGCGCAGAAGUGGUUCGAGAAGGCUAUUGUGCUGGAUAACGACAAUGGAGACUCAUGGGCUUGGUACUACAAGUUCCUGCUCCAGUACGGCACAGAGGAGACGAAAGCUGAUGUCGUGACCAAGUGCGUUCUCAAUGAGCCUCGACAUGGCGACGUGUGGCCAGCAGUCGCCAAGAAGCCUGCGAAUGCUGGGAAGAGCUGUGAAGAGAUUCUGAAGUUGGUUGUCGAAGAGUUGGAUCAAUAG